UGUUUCAAAACAAGUUCGGACAAAAACGAAACAUUACAUAAAAUAGGGAUUUCUACCUCUGACAGUCUCCAUUUGCAGUACUAAAUGGGGUCAACUUUGAGACAAGAUGUUGACUUCAAUGCUCUGUUCAAGAAGCUGGGUCACCAUCUGGAUGAGAUUCGUGUUCGAGCCUUGGAGAAUAUUCUUUCCAAGUUAGAGCACAAGCUUAUAUGUGACUCUGAUCUUGUCCAAGAACGCCACUUGUUUAUUCGCCUCCUUGAAUGGUUCAACUACCCGAAAUCUUCCCGGCAUUCAGAUGUCCUCAAUCUACUCUGCAGGCUUUUAGAGCACACAUCCGGUGCAGAAACCUUACAAGACAUUGGUGCGAUUGAGUUUCUUACCAGUCUGCGAAAAGAUGUGACAUCGGCCCUGCAACCAGUUGUCAAUCAGGUGCUUGAAAACUGCAUGCGCCUGCCUGACGUUGAUAUUGGAUUGGACCAUGCUCCAGAGUGUAUCUAUCAGAGACACAACCAUACAGGAAUGACAGCGGGUGCAGAAACCACAGUGGAUACCAUAGCAACCCGUCAUACCCAGGAUUAUUCCCUCGCCCCUAGCACCAAUGUCCCUUCUGAGCAUGGAGCCAGACUACCAGAUUACAGGGAACCACCUUUGGGGUUCUUUGAGGGGUGUCAGGGAGAUCUGGGGCAACAGCCUAUGACUCCAGGGCCCGGGGGUCACCCCACAGCAGCUGAUCUGGGGCUUGAGGGCAGUAGCUGUUUUAGAAUGACCAUAUUUCCAUGGUUAUCACUCACACCCACAGACAGACAUGUUCUCUCCUCCACCAACAGUUCUCUCCAGAGUCGGGAGGCCUCAAUGCUUGUCAGCAUGUGCGAGUUUCUAAGUGACGUUGUCUUCCAAGACUUUCCUGCUGAAAUUUUCCUGCAGAGGCCUAAUAUUGUCAAGAACCUGCUUUCACUCCUGAGUGGACCAAUCAAAGAAGGGGGUGUGGCCAGGCUUCAGGCAGUAAGGACAUUGGCUGACUAUGUCACAUGUCUGCGUAGUAGAAUACGAUGUCACCAGGAUCCCAACUUUUACACAGCAAAACAAGACUUCAGCACCACACCAACUCCAUUCUCUACACCCUCAAGUUCUUCAUCAGCCAAUCAGAAUGGAGGAGGAGAUGGAAGACCAUCGGUGAUUGGUUGGACAGAUUCCCGCCCCCGGGGGGAUGGCGGGGAUGGAGAUACGUCUGGUUCUUCCACUGGGACAUCUCGGGCUUCCAGUGUGGGCUUAAGCCCGGAAGGCAGGAGUGGAGAACCCAUUGACCUUGAAGACGUCCCUGCCCUUCAAUACCUGCAGUUAACCCUUCCACAGUUUUGUACCCAGGUUCUAGAGAGAGCGCUGCCACUUUUACGCUCUACUGAUCAGGUCAUCACCAUGGAAGUCCUUCACCUUCUCCACUUGACCUUGGAUAUAGUGAUUGCCAUGGUACGCCAGGCCUAUGGCAGGAUCAGUCUAUGGCGGCUAGGGAAUGUAGUGAAAAGCUUAUUGAAAGCCUAGAUGUCAUGGCCGACCUAUUGAAAUUCCAUCACCAUAGCAACUUGAAGUCUGACCCUGAUGACACAAAUAAUGACCCUGGUGACCUUGUACAGCAGAGGCAAUGCUUAAUUGGACUACAUAUGCUUCUGGCUAGGA